AUGGCUUCGAGGUGCGAAGACGGUACAGUUACCGGUGGUUUUCUCGAUGUACUGCCAAAUUUUCACAUCGAUACUUUUUCUGAGCUUGAAGAACAUUCAGGAAGAUUUGCCAACGCCUCGGAAAGUGAUGUUGAAAAAUUCAUUGAGGGGAAGAAAAAUGCAAACACUAAAAAAAGACCUUCUACAACUUAAAAUUAGUCAGAAAGUUUCUGGUAGAGGAGCGCCACGAAAUCAGAGAAAUAGAGAAGAUUCCUCCAACUGAAUUAGACAGCUACUUGAGCCAGGUUGUUUUAGCUGCAAGGACCAAGAGUGGAAAAGAUCAUGAACCUUCAUCUCUCCGCGGAAUUUUGGCUAGUGUUGAACGCCAUUUGAGUCGCCCCAGUUAUGGCAAAACUAUCUUCAAAGACAGUGAUUUCAAAAAACCAAGACACGUGUUGAAAGCGAAACAAAGCAACUCAAGCGACAUGGACUCGGAAACAGACCUAAAGCCACAACGGCUCUUACGGACGACGAAAUUGAGAUUCUUUUUGACGAAAAGUUGCUUGGAUUAAGUUCACUGCAAGCUCUGUCAGCUACUGUGUAGCUAAACAACAUGAUUCACUUUGGCCUUCGCGGAUGUAAGGAACAAAAAGAACUCCGCUGGGGAGACAUCGUUUUAAAAACUGACAGUGAUGGUAAAGAAUAUCUCGAGUACUUUGAACGCCAAACAAAGACUCGAACGGGAGAGGAUCCACGGAAUCAACGGCCGAUCAAGCCGCGAAUGUAUGCCAACAACGAUGCCAUUUCUAUCGAUCGUGAUCCGGUGCGCGUUUACAAGAUGUACAAAGAAAAACGACCACCAUCCAUG